UACAGGACAGAACCGGACCCCGUGCGGUGCAACGCCACGAUAACGUGUUUGAAACCAUUGGACUGAUACUUAGUGGUUCUCCACUGAGAAUCUGAAAUAUAUUUAUUUAUUUUUGAAUUCGAAUUUUCUAAAACAAGGAUGGCUUUUUCAUCUUCUGCAAACUCUCUUCAUCUCACUCUCCUCUUGCUCCUCAUCAUCGCCUUGGCAACGCAGGUAGAGGGUCGGCCAUCCCGACAGCGAUCAGAAGCUCAGGUCCUGGAUGAUUUGUUUGGGGUGAAGAUCAGCUCUCUUGUUUUGACCCCUUCAGAGGUCAGUGAGGGGUCGGCAGACGACCCACCUCCACUCUCAAAGAGCAUGCAUGGCAACAGAGUGGAGUCGCCCCACACGCCGCCGCACAUCUUCCUGGACUUCCUGAGACGUCAGAGGAAACUGGGUGGACGCAGCAGGAAGGGUGUGGCGCGGGGCUGUUUCGGGAUGAAGGUGGAUCGAAUUGGAGCCAUUAGUGGUCUGGGAUGCUGAUACACACAGGUGACUGGCCACUCUGCUGCAGAAAUCACCAGAACUUUCCUCCAGAGAAGACAAUAGUCGCCACCUCUUCAUCUGCCUAUAACCAGAAGACAUGACAGAACAUUUGAGCUCUGCAAAUGGGACCAAAAACACAUUUGUGUUGUUUUAAUAUCUGUUGGAUUAUUUGCAGUAAAACUGACAGCGGCACAACUCACAGCAGACUUUACACUCACAGUCUGGAGGUCCAUCUGGUAUAUUUGACUUUUUGACAUUAUGAGGUCUUCUCAGGUGUGUGUGUGUGUGUGUGUGUGUGUGUGUGUGUGUGUGUGUGUUUA